AUGGAUAUAAUCAAGAAUACCUUUCGCUGUAUAAAUCGCCUUUGGGAACUUGUUGCGAUUAAGCUUCCCAAACACACAGUGUUCACAAAACAUAAGAGGUACAUCAAGCAGUACAAUGAUGCCGAGCUCUCCGCUCUUGGAAUGGCUAUUCCUACUCUUGUUACCAUUGCUGAGAUUCUCAAGGCAAAUGGUGUUGCAGUGGAGAAGAAGGUUCUGACAUCAACAAUUGGAGCAAAAGAUGAGAACAAGGGCCGUGUUAUUCAGAAUGCAAAGCUUGAGAUUGUUCUGGAAAGAAAUGACAAAUCUCCUACCUCUGCUGAUGAGAAAUCUGCUACCUCUGCUGAUGAGAUUGCGAAGCCUGUACCUGAGACUAAAACCAAGCAGUAUCAGAUGAAUCAAAGACCGAAGCUGAAAUUGCUGAGAAAAGGAAGAAUGCAAGUCUUUUGA